CUCCUCCAUGCAUCGUCUGUAUCUUUCCGCCGCUUUCCCUCCUCAUCGUCCACUGUAACGAUCAGCUCGCUUUAUAUUUCGUUGUCAAGUUCAUUCUGAGCUCAAUACCAGUUCCUGCACUCGAUACCAAUAAAUGGAACGAUACUCCAAGGUAGAAAAAGUCGGGACGUACGGCGUCGUGUACAAGGCCAGGGAUACCAGCACCAACCAGAUAGUUGCCCUCAAGAAAAUAAGACUCGAAGCCGAAGACGAGGGUGUACCUAGUACCGCCAUCCGAGAGAUCAGUCUCCUCAAGGAGCUCAAGGAUGACCAUGUCGUUCGCCUUCUCGACAUCAUUCAUGCCGACCAGAAGCUUUAUCUGGUAUUCGAAUUCCUCGACGUCGACCUCAAGCGAUAUAUGGAUCUUGCCAACAAAAAUCACACUCCUAUUACGCUGGAAAUGUCCAAGAAAUUUCUUCAUCAACUGAAUUCGGGUUUGCUCUACUGUCAUUCUCAUCGGAUCCUCCAUCGAGAUCUAAAGCCUCAGAAUCUUCUCAUUGACAAGCACAAUAACCUCAAGUUGGCAGAUUUUGGGCUUGCUCGCGCCUUUGGGAUACCUAUGCGAACAUAUACACAUGAGGUUGUUACACUUUGGUAUCGGGCCCCUGAAGUUCUCCUAGGCUCCCGUCACUACUCAACUGCUAUCGACAUGUGGUCCGUCGGAGCCAUCUUUGCCGAGAUGGCUUGUCAAGGACAGCCACUCUUUCCGGGAGACUCUGAAAUCGAUCAGAUAUUUAAGAUUUUCAGAAUUUUGGGCACUCCGAACGAAGAUAUGUGGCCUGGCGUUUCCAACCUACCUGACUACAAGGCGACUUUCCCCCGCUGGGGCGUCCAAGAUAUCUCCAGACUCGUUCCCGAUUUGGACCCUGCCGGGAUUGAUAUCCUUAGAGUUCCGUCUUCUUGCUUACGAUUCUGCAAGACGUAUCUCAGCCAAACGCGUCCUGCAACACCCUUACUUCGCUAGCUACAGCCCUAAUGCCUAAUAUAUUCAUCUCACUCCGUACUCCUUGCGGCCUGCUGUUGCUUUAUUCGCAUUCGUCGGUUCCAACAUAUAUGACUUCCUCCUUUCCCGGACUUUCUGUUUCUUUCUCAUCGCGUCGCAAUUGCAUUCAUUCAUCAAACUUACAUCAACUGUUGCUUGGCAUCCACCCUCGUACAUCAGUUUGUAACAGUACUAUUGUUCCACCAGCAAGCCUUUGCUUAUCCUCAUUCCCACAUAAUCAUCAGGCCAGAAUCUCUAAUAUACAUUUUUAUCAAUAUAUACCGAACAAUUACUACGGGGUAUUAUUCUAUGCUAGGAUUGCUAUUAAAUAUGUGGUAUCAUGUCCCGCUGGGUACCUUAUUAUUACUGUU